CCAAUACCACACCAGAAGGCUUCAUUUUUUAACGCUUCAUUACCUUGUUUUAAUUAAACGCCGUACUCCAUCUCCAAUCCAGCUGUUCAAGUCGUCAAUGAAAACGCCUUUGUGGUUAGUUGCGCAUCGACCAAAGCCGUGCCCAGGAGCUAUAAGGAGUGCAAGGUUCAUUACUUAUAAGUCGAGAAAUCGGUUGUCCAACUUCUGGGCACCGACAGGAGGCAUCGCUCCCCAGGAUGGCGAGCAAGAUGACUCUCAUUCACUUCUAAUCAGAAGUGGGUUUCUCAGACCAGCACAUUCAGGAGUAUUCCAUUUGCUUCCUCUGGGGUUACGCGUUCAAAACAAACUCGAAAACUUGAUAGAUAAACACAUGCAAUCGAUUGGCGCAUCGAAACUUUCACUAUCAUCAAUCACCACGGAAGAGCUAUGGAAACAAUCAGGACGCUACUCAUCAAACUCCGAGCUUCUUCGCAUAGAGGAUCGUAAGAAAUCCAGCUUUUUACUGUCACCUACCCAUGAAGAGGAAAUCACGAGUUUAGUGGCCAGUAUGGUGCAUUCGUAUAAAAAUCUUCCACUACGACUGUAUCAGACGGGAAGAAAGUAUCGUGACGAACGAAGACCGCGGCAGGGCUUACUCCGCGCAAAAGAGUUCGUGAUGAAAGACCUAUAUACAUUCGAUUACUCGCACGAAGGUGCACUCAAGACGUAUGAAGAAGUGCGUGAGGCCUACAGCAACCUUUUCAACGAGUUGAAGAUCCCAUAUCUGGUAGCCGAUGCAGACUCGGGCAACAUGGGUGGUAAACUGAGCCACGAAUACCACUUUGUGUCUCCCAAAGGUGAAGACAACGUUUGGAGCUGUCAUUCUUGCAACUACGUCGCCAAUGAAGAGCUCGUGGAAAAGAAGGCAACUGAACAGGUUGUUUCCUCGGAAAAUCCCCCACUUCUCUUCACGGGUAUUAGCUCUGAUCGCACAACUGCCAUUGUGAUUCGGGUUCCACGCCCUUCUCACGUUUCUGUCAAUGCAAAUCCGUCUUGGUCUCGUGCCUCGGAGUUCCUGAACUUUCACGCGAUCAAGAGAAGCGGUAUUGACAUCGAUGCUGGGGUUGAAAGCGAAACUCUGUCUUCUCUCCUACCCCAAACAACAUCCACUGUUGAGAUCUAUGACCGAUCUCUGACCGACUCUAACACCACCGGUGCCACAUCUUCAGUCCAUGAUAUUACACCCAUCAAGGCAGACGACCCGUGUCCCCACUGCCAAUCUGGAAAACUCAACGUCAACAAAGCCAUCGAGGUAGGCCAUACCUUUCACUUGGGUACACGCUACAGCGUGCCUCUUUCCGCGCUCGUCGCCGGACCUGACGGCAAGCAAUCGUCCGCCAUGCACAUGGGCUGCCACGGUAUCGGCGUCUCGCGGUUGAUAGGCUCCAUCGCAUCUAUCAUGGCCGAUGAGAAGGGUUUGAGUUGGCCGAGAGUCAUUGCGCCGUUCGAGGUCGUCGUCAUAACCACGCCGCAGAUUAGCGAAGAGGAUAGUACAGAAGUGUACGAUGCGCUGGCUCAUCAGGGGAACCUCGAUGUUGUGCUGGAUGAUCGGGUAGCGCAGAAAGGUUUACCAUGGAAGAUGAAGGAUGCGGAUUUGAUCGGCUAUCCUGUCAUGGUGGUUUUAGGCAAGAGUUGGAAAGAGAAAAGAGAGGUGGAAGUUCAGUGUCGGCGAUUAGGAGUAAGAAAAGCGGUGAAGGUGGAAAGUUUGGGAGAUGAAGUUUCGAGACUGCUGGAGCAGUUGUAA